UAAGGGCACAUAAACCAAUGAGAGUUUCUCUUUGUUUACUUUUUUUUUGUGAAUAUCUCCUUAAUUUUCACGUGUACCUACAAAGUAUUCGUGUAGAAUGAAAGACAAUAUCUCCAUGUUUCCAACAGUACCAAAUAUGUAACGAACGUUUGUAUAAUAACGCAGAUAUAGUCGAAAGAGAAAGUAAACAAAGAGAACCUGUCAAUUGUUUUUAGGCCCUUUUGAAAUGUUGACGUCGAAUUUUGACUGUCUUGAAAAAACCGAAAAGUAUGAAUCCAAAAUUAUUCCAUCCUCGUCCGAACUUUUAAUGAAAUCGUAAGAUAAAAUUAUUACAUUUUCACAUUACAGAGCAUUGUUGAGAUUUAUAAAUCAAAUAUUUAAACCAAAAACAAAAAUUAAGACUUGAAUAUGGCAAAAAACAUCAGAAACAUUUCUGAUUCAUUCUUGAGUGUAUCCGCUGCCUUCUAUAAUGUUCGCUCUCACCACUUGGCGACGCAUGUGAAUUGUGAAUGCUGAAAAUAAACAUCAAUAGAAAAGUAAACAUAUGGAGACCAGGUAAUGGAAGAAAGAAGUUGCUACGAAACGAGAGUUUUGAGACUAGUUUGUUUGUUGUUUUGCAGUAGAGUGAGUUUCAUGCUGACACCGCAAUCCGUAUUAUUGAAAAUUUCUAACUGGUUAUUAAGUUCUAGUCCUAUUAGAAUCUAAAUUGCUUUUCCCUCAGUGUAGGUAAACAAUUCUGGAUACAUGUGUCUGUACGUUAUUACCUGUGGUAACUCAUAACAGUUAUUUUAGGUAAUCAUUUCUUCCUUGUUUAAAACCAGAAAACCUCUUAAUUCAUUGAUCAGUCCUGUGAAAACAUUAAUCGCCAUGUCAACUAUCAAACUACAAACUUCAGACGAAAUCGAAUUCGUUCUGGAUAGCCAGCUUGUGAGACACUUCGGAACCAUCAGCACAAUGCUGGAAGACGCGGGCAUUAAGUUGACCGACGGCGAAGUGAUUCCGUUACCGAACGUAAACUCGGCAAUAUUCCGCAAGCUUCUGGAAUGGGUCGAGCAUCACAAGCAUGAUCACUGUGGGCCAUCAGCGGCUGAAGAGCUAAACCAACGGGCGGAUGAUAUUAGCCGGUGGGACCGUGCUUUCCUGAAUGUGGAUCAACGAACCUUGUUUCAGAUUAUGUUGGCAGCAAACUAUUUGGAUAUGAAGGCGCUCGUUGCAGUGACCUGCAAGACGGUGGCUAACAUGAUAGAGGGUAAAACAGUGGAACAAAUCAGAAGUACCUUCCAUAUCAAGAACGAUUUUCCACCGGGAGAAGAGAAGAAAAUUCGAGCCAAAAUGGAGCUAUGGGAGGAGAGGACAUAGAUUGAGGAUCCGCUGUGAUUUUCCAUUGUUUUUGUUCUUUUACCCAGUUUACGUGUUCAAAAUUGAAAUAAAUAUAAGGAAUUUAGUUAUAAGUUACAGGAAGUAAACUGAAUAAAAUAUCUAACCUGAUCUAUUCACGGUGAUUUUCUCCUACUCCGAAACACGAGAACUUGGGCCGUUUCGCGAGUUCAUUCAUGCUCGAUUACUAUCAUUU